UAUGUAUACGUAUUGCAUAGGAUCAACACAGCGAUUGAAUUCGUCUCGUUAUCGCAGCACGUGCCAAGCUCUGAGCUGGCUUGGCGUCCGGGCCGCGAAUCCUCGCGAUUGCAACUCACCUUCUGUCUUCGUCGCAAACACCGCUCUAUCAACCUGUAUCUACCACCCGAAAGGACAUGACAUCAGCACGUCAGACGUCUGUUCUACCGGUAUCGGGAAGCAAACUUCCGGCCAUGGCGCGAGUGGCCACGGAAACGCAUGCUGAUGUUGGUGAACCAUCUCUCACGGCGAGCUAUAUCCACCAGGAGUUGUCUCGAUUCGCCGAUAUCCAAGCCAGAGGCAUCAGGUACGAAUUUCAGCGACAAGAGAAACGGAUGCACGACCAAAUCGAAGGGCAAGAUGAACGAGCACAUGCGCAAUUCGAGGACGUUCACGCUCGAUUUGAUCUUCUGCAAGCAACACAGGUCAUAAUAGGCGCCAGGCAGAGUAAUCAGACGGCAUACCGGCUCACGAGCAGGAUUUAUCCUGUAGAAAUGUUUGACACGACCAAGCAGAUGCUGUGCAAGCCUCCUGAGGAUAUCUUCCCUCGCUGGGUUGGUAGUUUCUGGCGCCUCAAGCAACCGCGCAACUGGAGCAAGCUGGUGAAACUGCAUGAGUUUUACAAGACAGAAGGGUGGGAAAGAUGGGGUGUCCAGUCUUUCGAAGAUAUGGAUGGUGAAGAUGCAGAGCAAGAUGAGCAUCAGGAGGUGGAAGAGGAAGACAAAGUUGAGCUUGUACCAGGCCACACUUCUCUGGCAGAAGCCAUCGAGUACGCUCCAGAUAUAGCGCUGAGCGAGCUGGCGCGCCACCUGGGUCUCAAUUACGACGAAAUAGGCGUCCGCGUCACAAAUGCUUUGGUGUCCGAUAUCUCCGGUCGAAUAACAGAACAGCGGACGAAGCGGGCGAGUAGUGCUAUGCUCGACUUGAUGCAACAGGGAAAGCGGUGCAAAACUCUCGGAACGAGAGAGGCGGACGCACAGAUUUCCUCGCCGACCGAAGGAAAGCAACCGCUGUCUCCUGAGGACGAGGGCAAUGACGGUAAUCCGCCAUCGCCUACGGAAGUCAACACUCCUCCCGGAAGACUGCCGCUGCGAGACCUGAUUGGUAACGAUGUUCCCACGAAAGUCAGGGAGUCCCCGCGAACGAUUAGUACGAAGAUUGGCUGGAAACCACCGUCAACGAGUUCGAAUUCUUGACUAUUUAUGGCUUUCAUUCUUGUGAAGGAUAGACUGGCGUACACCUUGUUCGCCCGAUUUCAACUCAUUUCACCUCAUUCCACCACAAAGCUAAAUCUGACAUAUUGCAAGCGGUCUGGACGCGCAUCCACUCAAUGUUCUCUGGAGCCUUUCUGCACGUGUACGGAUUGAUCACGGUGCAGCAGAUGUUACAGAGUUCCAGGAUGCCGACGGAUACAUACGGGCAUUGUCGUCGUGUGAGGAGAAGUGGAAAGUUGUCUCCGUAAUGAUUCCAUAUGUCGUAGUUGGCUGUCUACGGUCGAUAUCUCCUACGUCUACACGAUGUGCAACGCCCUCGUAUGAUUUGCAAGACCAUUGCAUCACAUUGUGGAUGCAGAUACCUCCAUGACAAGGCACAAGCGGGUGGAAAGCGGCUUCGCUUUGCUCGUCGACUUAUAUAGGACCGUGCUGUUCUUGAGAUCUGUAAAUGGACAUUCA